AUGACUUCAACAACUCCUCGCAUUCGCCGGACCGGGCAAAACACACAAUUCACAUAUAAUUUAUCACGGCGGGUAAACGACGUCCAGACAUAUCCCAUUCAAUCACCCCAAGGAGCCACCAUUCUGCUCUAUGGUCACGAGAAUGGAGUCACCAUCGUCUGGCGCGGCGGGAGGCGAUUCAAGCCGCAAAAGAAGAAAGCACCCGAACCCGAAAAGAAACAAAACGGCACUGCCGAUGAUGCUGUCAUGAUCAUUGACUCGGACGACGAGCAACCACCCGCCAAGGGCCAGACAACAAGCAAGUUCGAGGAUAAGCCAGAAUUUGAGGAUGAGGAUGAGCAAGGGCCUUACCCAGAGAUUGUUCAAACACUGGACCUGACGCUGGGCACAGCGGUUUUGCAUGUGGCUGUUAUGUCGAUGGCACCGUAUAAUCCCCAAGAGCGAGACAAUGCGACGGGGAAAUUACUUUCGGGCAGGAUCGUGUUUGCGGUCUCUUGCGUGACGAAUGAUGUCUAUGUCAUUAGCGUUCCGCUAACGCCGCCAUCACCGGAGAGUAUGGCCAGAGAAGAGCUUCGGGCAGGUCUGUUGGCCGGACAAGCUGGGUCUGGCGCCUGGGGAGAGUCCGUGGUUUUGCUCGGUGGCCAGAGGAAAUACAGCGAUGCAUUGGCUAUUAGCCUGGUACAGCCGAAAUCUUCAGAUCCUGCCAACAAGGUACCCAGAGCUGUGGUCGCAUCUUGCUGUCGCCAGGCUUCUGGGACGUUGAUGUUGUGGGAUGUCCCAUUGGAUCCAAACGCAAAGCCCGAGCGAGCAUUAGAGCCUUUUCAGAUCGAAUAUCUUCCUCAACCGCUAUCCAGCAUUUCGUUCAGCCCAUCACACCCUACCCAGCUCCUUGCUGUGUCUUCCUAUCAAGCUGCGAGGAUAUAUGACUAUGCCGUGUCUUCCCUCCCGCCAGACUCAGAGGCUUCUGGGCCAUUUCCUCCACAAGGUUCAUGGCUUCUGUCGCUCUACCAGCCAUUUGCUCGACCAACUGCUUCAAGGAAACCUAUUCUGGAUGCGGCAUGGAUAUCACAUGGCAGAGCCGUCUUUGCUCUUCUGGCUGAUGGUAUGUGGGGUGUUUGGGACAUUGACGGAGUUCGGCCGUCUUCUGGAGGCGCAACCAUGUCAAGCAAAUUAACAAAUGGCCUGAAAGGCGCUGCUCUGACGACCUUUAGCAUUUCAGGCUACAUUGAAGGCACGGGUUCACUGCGGAGUGUUGCCACACAGCAAAAGGAAAACCAUACAGGAGAAUUUGCGCCGAUGACUCCUCACACUCGGCGGCAGGCUACCGCUUCGCUCAGCACUGCCACUACUUUUGACCGUUUGGCGGCAGUGCAGGGUGGUGUGAGGACUAUUCCGCUACCACCCAAGGGAAAGGCCCUGCAAGAUGAGAGCCUCGUCUUGUGGGUUGGCGGGCUAGAGCAUGUCUGUGUCAUUCCAGGAGUAUCAAGGUUCUGGGACUCACAACUGCGAAAGGGCUCUGGUGGCGGCGUCAACCUGUUUAGUGGAGCGCAGCCGACGAGAAUGGUGAAGCUCUUAGAUCUCUCGACAGGAUUGUUGGGAGAGAGGUGUUGCGGCGUCAACUUGGUGGUCGCAUCGACUAGACCUGGCGCUCCUUCGGAGGAUGAUGGUGGUCUCCCUGUGGAUGUGCUACUCCAAGGCGAAUCAAGGUUGGUUAUUGUUCGACAAGGCGAAGACGGACCUGGAAAGAAGAUUGGAAACUUUGUUGAUAGCCGGAGAAAACGGCUGUUCUCAAAAGGAGAGAGAUCCGAUGCCAUCAUUGUGCACGGCAAGCCGAACAGAGCCACAAGCUUGUCUUUCAACCUCAGCACUUCGAAGCCCGGUACUUUGCGACGCAAGUCUUCUCAAAACAUUCAAGAUGAUUCUGCCGGUCAAUUUGGGAACUCAGACGACUCAUCACAGCCACCAAAUCGCUCUCGCGUGGGUUUUGACUUCAUGAACAACAUGAAUGCGGCGGCAGAUGUUAGCGCGGACUUUACCACCCGAGAUGUGGAGGCUGAAAUGCUCGACAUUAUGGAAAUUGACCAGGCACUGAACAGCAUGGAAGACAGCCGGGGUAGCGGACGGAAGAAGGUGUUUUUCGAGGAAGAUUAA